AUGUCUUCGGCGGAGAAGAGAUCGGGAGUUGAUGGUGAAGAUGAUGAGAUUGCGGAUAUGAGAGAGUUGGAAUUGGGACUGGGAGCGAUGGAAUUUGAUGCAGUGGGAGGAUUGUCGGCACAUGGUGUGUGCGAAGCCCAAGAGCGGGGAAAUUCUGAAGUGCUUGUGGAGGUUAACGACACCGAUAUAACUGAAGACCCGGGGUUUGAUAACGGUUCAAACGAUGACCCUUCGACAAGGAAUUCGGGCCACGAUCCUGGCCAGGAUUUUGGCAUUCAAAGUGAUACUGAUGGGUGGAGAGAAGAGUCAUAUCAUGAAAUAUGGAGGCACGAAGAUACCAAAACACAUGUUCUAGACGCCUCGGUUGGCCCCAUUAUCAAUCAUGACAGCGAUAUGGGUGUGGAUGAACAUGAUUAUGAGGUCUCUCCAACGGAACAUGAAGAGAGUGAAGAAGAAGAAAGUCCGGGCGAUUGUCGUUCAGAUUAUUCAGAUAUCUUUUCUAGAUCUUAG